ACAAAAUGACACCUGUAAAAAAAUGAGUCACACUGAAAAAAAAAAAAAAAAAAAAAAAAAAAGUUUGAUGACAAGGCCAUUAUGCUGUGAUAUUUUUUUGAUGGUUGUUUAUAUUAUCUCACCAUGUCAACCGAUAACGCCAUUAAGCUCUUCACUGGUAAUGCCUCACCAGCACUUGCUAAGCUUGUUGCCAAGAGAAUGGGCUUAAACCUUGCCAAAGCAACUGUGAUUAAAUUUUCCAACCAAGAAACUUCUGUGACAAUUGGUGAAUCUGUCCGUGAUGAGGAUGUCUUUAUUAUUCAAUCAGGUUGCGGUGAGAUUAAUGAUAGUUUAAUGGAAUUACUCAUCAUGAUCAAUGCCUGUAAGACUGCCUCUGCUCGUCGCAUUACUGCCGUUAUCCCUUGUUUCCCUUAUGCACGCCAAGAUAAAAAGGAUAAGAGUCGUGCCCCUAUUACUGCACGUUUAACCGCCAAUAUGUUGACUGUCGCUGGUGCCGACCACGUCAUCACAAUGGAUCUCCAUGCCUCUCAAAUUCAAGGUUUCUUUAAUAUUCCUGUCGACAAUUUAUAUUGUGAACCUUCCACCAUUCAUUAUAUCAAGACCAAGAUUCCAAACUGGAAGAAUGCCAUUAUCGUCUCACCUGAUGCCGGUGGAGCCAAGCGUGCCACCUCGAUUGCCGAUAAUUUGGAGUUAGAUUUUGCCUUGAUUCACAAGGAGCGUAAGAAGGCAAAUGAAGUGUCUCGUAUGGUCCUCGUAGGUGAUGUGACAGGUAAAAUUGCUAUUUUAGUCGAUGAUAUGGCAGAUACUUGCGGCACACUUGGUUUAGCCGCAAAAACAUUAAUGGAAAAUGGCGCUGAAAAGGUCUACGCCAUCGUUGCUCACGGUAUUCUUUCUGGAAAGGCUAUUCAAGUCAUCAACGAUUCUGUUAUUGAAAGAAUGGUCAUUACCAACACUAUCCCUUCAGAAGAUAAGAUGGCCCUUUGCCCUAAAUUAGAUAUCAUUGACAUUUCUCCUACCAUUGCUGAGGCUAUUAGAAGAACUCACAACGGUGAAUCUGUUUCUUAUUUGUUUUCUCAUGUUCCCCAAUAGACUUUUUUUUUUCUUGUUUCUUUCUUUUUGUCCCUCUUGCUACCUUGUACAUAAUAAAAACAGCGUGUACUGGUAUUCGUACCUUAUCUUUCUCAAAAAGUU